AUGCCAGAGAAUAUGGCAAUCGGAUGUACUAUUAAAAAGAAAUAUUCAUUUCUAUGUACACCAUUUUGGAAAUUAACAUCAUUGGGUAGAUCAUCCAUGUUAUAUUUAUAUAUUAGUUUAUUAAUUGUUAUAUUUUUUGUAAUUUUAUCUGCUUUACACGCUCCUUAUUUGUAUUUUUAUGCACAAAAAACUAAUCCUUCAACAUUUUUUCAAAUGAGUAUGGCUAACUAUGAUUUAAAUGCAAGUGGUGGUGUUAAUAUUGCAUUUGGUACUCUUGAAGUUGUAAUUGCUUUAUUUUCUAUUGUUUAUUUACGUUUCCUUUUUUGGAUAACUAAUAGAAUUAAUGAUAAAGUUGCAAAGAGAACUAUUUCAGUAGCUGAUUAUUCAGUACAUAUUCGUGAUUUACCAUCAACAGAAGCAGCACAUGGUAAAAAACGAUUAUAUAAACAUUUUAGUAAAUUUGGUAAAUUAGAUAAUAUUGCACUAGCCUUAGAUUGUGGUGAUAUAAGUAAAUCUAUAAAAAAGAAAGAUGAACUAAUUAAGGAAAUUGAAAAAUGUGAUAUUGUAAUUAGUAGAGGUGGUUGUUUUGUUUUAAUUGAAAAAAUUAAGAGAAUUUACUUUUCAAUUUAUUUAAAUUUUAUUCAAAAAGAUAUUGCUAAAAGUAUGAGAAAGAAAGCUUAUAGAUGUACAGGUGAUGCUUUUAUUACAUUUGAAAAUGAAAAGUCUAGAUUUAAAUGUCUUCAUACAUUUAAUAGACCAAUGAUUCAGAGAAUUUGUUCUAAAUCUGGUACUUAUUCUAAAAAGAAACAUAGAAUUAGAGUUGAACCUGCACAUGAACCUCAUGAUAUUAUUUGGGAAAAUUUAGAAUAUUCAGUAAUUUCCAAAUAUAGUAGACGUUCAGUAUCAUUUUUAGCAACAGUACUAUUUUCAGGUGCAGUGGUUGCAGUAGCUGUUGUUUUAGAAGUUUUGAAAAAGGACAAAUUUUCAAGUAUUUCCAUUUCUGAUUGGAUUGAAAAUCCUUCCUUCCAAAAUUGGCAAAUUUUUGCGAGUCUCGGAUUGUCAGUUUUGGUUUUUAUUCUUGUACAAGUAAUGACCUAUAUUUUAUAUUUAUUAUCUAAUUUUGAAAAACAUCGUUUUCAAUUAAAUGCUAAACAAAGUUUAAUGAUGAAAGUAACAUUUGGUUCCUUCUUAACAACAAUAGCCUAUUUAUUUGUAUAUUUAACAUCACCGACAGUUGGCAGUUAUUAUUCUGAAAUGACAGAUAAUAGUGUUAUUAUACCAAAAGGAGCAUUUACAAUUGGUAAUGCUAAUAUUCCAAUUCUAGUUGAAAGUUCAGCAUGGUACAGUUCAUUAUUUUUUGUAACAUGUACAAGUGUUGCAUCAAAUACUAUUAAGGAUGCCUUAUUAGGAAUUUAUCAUUAUUUUUUAAAAAGAUAUAGAAUUGCAACAAGUGUUACACAAGAAGAUUUAAAUAAGGCACAUGAACCACCUGUUUAUUCUUAUGAAUAUAGAUAUUCAUAUCAAUUAAAAAAUAUGUUUAUUGGUAUUGUAUUUAGUGGAUUAUUUCCAGUAUCAUUAUUUAUAAUAACAGGUGGAUUAAUGGCAUGUUAUUUUGUUGAUAAAUUUAAUAUUUUAAAAAUUUAUAGAGCUGAAGGUAAAGAAGUUGACUUGUUAUCACCUACUGCACUCAAUUUUUUAUCAAUUGCAUUUUUAAUAAGAUAUAUUUUAAUGUCAAUUACAAGAAUUUACUUUACAAUAAGUUUAAAUUAUGAUCCAUCAAAUACUAGUCAACCUGUACUUUCUAUUAUUACUCCUUAUCAUAUUUGUUUCUUUUCUGCAUUUUUACUUUAUAUUAUUUAUUUAAUUAUUCAUUUCUUUACAACUGGUACUAAUUUUGUACAAAAAUAUUUUUGUUGUCCUAGAUUUAGACAUCCAAAUUAUAUUACUAAAAAUGGUGAAAAAUCUAUUAAUGAUUACAGAAAUGGAUUUGAUAAAUAUAUUCCACCUAUUGAUGUUUCAAAUGUUAAAUAUGUUUAUCAUGGUGAAGAAUUAGAAACUGUUGAUCCAAAUCAAGCAAAUUUACAUCCAAAAACAGCUGCACAAAUUGUUUAA